AUGACAAUCUCCCAGUCUCUAGCAAAAAUAAUCGAAAUAAUGGCAAACAACACCCCUCACCUCUCUCUCUGUGUCACCACAACGGACUUUGAGAAGGUCGCCAAAGAAGUUCUUCCUGAGAAAUCAUGGGUGUAUGCGUCAAGCUCCGCAGCUACAGGUCUUUCAAUGCGCUCCAACCUGGAUGACUGGUCAUUGAUUAACUUCCGUCCCCGAAUCCUGAGAAGAGUGGAUCGAAUGGACACCAGGAGAUCCAUUCUGGGACACACCUCGCAAUUCCCUUUCUUUGUGUCAGCCAUGGGAACACUAGGAAGCUCCCACCCAGGUGCAGAGCCUUUACUUGUGCGAGGAGCUACACGAAAAGGCAUGCACACUAUGAUCAGCACGGCAUCUACAAAGCCGCUGGAAGAGAUCAUGGACGCACACCGAGAGGAGCAACGACUUCUCAACAAUCAAAGCCCUGCCAACUUGUCAUUCCAGCUUUACGUUCCUGAGGAUCGAGCUCGAGCCAAGUCUCUUAUCCAAAGGGUCAAAGCCGCCGGGUAUCAAAGCCUAUGGGUCACUGUUGAUACAUCCACACUGGGCAAGCGUACCGCAGAUCGAUACCUCCAGGCGCAAGAGAAUCUGAAUGCUGAUAAGGGGGGAAGUGCGAGAGAUAUUCACAAUGAGAACGACUUUGCACCCGCAUUCGGAGGUCGACAGGUUCCAGGCUCGGUGGAUGCUGGGCUCACAUGGGAGGAUCUAAAAUGGAUCUCCCAGGAGUGGAACGGACCGCUCGUUCUCAAGGGAAUCCAAAGCGUAGAAGACGUGAAGCUGGCUGUCCAGCAUGGCGUGCAGGGAAUCUUGUUGAGCAAUCAUGGUGGUAGGCAGAUUCAUUCUGCCCCGAGUUCCUUGAUGACACUUCUGGAAAUCCGAAAGUACUACCCGGAGGCAUUUGACAAACUCCAAGUAUUUGUGGAUGGUGGUCUUCGUGAUGGAGCUGAUGUCCUCAAGGCCUUGUGCCUUGGAGCGACAGCUGUAGGAGUCGGUCGGCCGUACUACUAUGCCCUCGCAGCAUACGGGGCCGAAGGAGUUGAAAGGUGUACAGAUAUCCUGGCUGAAGAGGUGGAGAUCACCAUGAAGAUGCUUGGAGCCACUUCUUUAGAUCAGCUUCGGCCAGAAAUGAUCAACACAAGUCGACUAGAGAAUGAGAUGUGGCGACCGGCAUUUGAAAAGUCCAAGUUGUGA